AGAGACGCCGAGAGAACUUCCCUCGCCCGCUUCUUGCCCUCCUCACCACGUGACUCGCAGUCUAAUUGCUCCUGUCUUGGGGGACUGCGGUGAGGCGCAUCUUUAAAAACACAAAUACAAUACGCUUAAAAAAGCGUGUUUUAAAAAAAGAUAUAUGCAUUAGACUGAUACGAGAAUAGAUAAGAAAGAAUAAAACACAAAGAAAGGAAAACGUGAUCGCGGGAUGAGUAUUUUUUAUUGCUAAAUAGUCUAUUGUUGUCUACUUGUUGACUUUGGGGGGUGUUAGUGUGUCUGAGCGUGAAUACUGUAUACUUACUGUAUCCACACUUUGAAGUGAAUUAAAGGCAAUCGGAAAAGAAGAGGCAGAAACAACUAGACAACCCCAUCAACAACCAGGAGAUGACCCUCCCUGGUGAAGCCCCACUGGCGCUGCUAUUGCUGCUGGCCCUGUUGUCCUGCGUAGAGACCCUAAAGCCGACCCCCUCUGGCUCCAAUGAGGUUCUGAAAGCAGGUGAACUGGAGCCCAACAAAGCUGGGAUUUUAAACAAUUUGAUUGACAACAUAAUCCAGGGCCUAGAAGAGACGGGACAGGGAGAAACGGCCCCAGAGACGACGGUAGCACCCCCUCCAGCCGGGCUGUGCCCUGGGAAUCAGGUCCUGCGGGGAGGAGAUCAGAGCUGUGGCUGCCCUGAAGGCCUGGUCCUCCAGGGAGAGAACUGCACCUGCAGGUCCGGCUUUAUACUGCAGGGGGAGACACUGCACUGUCAGGACACUGAUGAGUGUGAAGGGGGUGCAGAGGCCUGCGGGCCCCAUGCCAGCUGCACCAACACUGUGGGCUCCUUCCUGUGCCGCUGCCAGCGAGGUUUCCUCAUGGGACCAGCCGGCUGUGAGGACGUGGAUGAGUGUCAGCUGGCGCAGGUGACAGGUCUGCAGGCCUGCUCGGAGCACGCUGUCUGUCAGAACACACCCGGCUCCUUCUCCUGCACUUGUGACGAGGGCUUCGUUCUGGCGCUGGACGGCAAGAACUGCGUGGAUGUGGACGAGUGCACGUUCGAGGAGCAGUGCCGGAGGGAGCUGGGGAACGUCUGUGUCAACGCGCCAGGCAGCUACGCCUGCAGCUGUCAGACCGGCUUCCGGGCUCACCAGCACGCCUGUGUGGAUGUGGAUGAGUGCACAGAGAGCCCUGAUAUCUGUGCAGGGAAAGGGGUGUGCCAGAAUUCCCUGGGGAGUUUCCGCUGCGCCUGUCCGCUGGGUUUCCGUGGGAACGGCACUCACUGUGAAGACGAUAACGAGUGUGCGUCGGGGAAGCAUGGCUGCGACACGAACGCUCGCUGUGGCAACGUCAUCGGCUCGUACUUCUGCCAGUGCUACCAGGGCUUCAACGGGGACGGGCACUCCUGCUUCGAUGUGGACGAGUGCUCCCUGAACAAUGGGGAAUGCCAGCACAGCUGCACCAACGAGGCCGGGGGCUACCAGUGCCACUGCCGGGAGGGGUACAGACUGGAGGAGAACAGCAGGAACUGCACAGAUGUGAACGAGUGUGUGGUUCUGAACGGCACGUGUAGUCAGAUCUGUUCAAACACCGAGGGCUCCUUCCUGUGCUCCUGUCGGCCUGGAUUCCAGCUGCACGUGGACCAGCGCCAGUGUGUGGACAUCGAUGAGUGCAAGCUACAGAAUGGAGGCUGCUCUCACGGCUGCUCGAACACGCUGGGGGGCCACAGUUGUGAGUGUCCGGGGCCCCUAGUGCUAGACCUGGACAACAAGACCUGCGUCAACAUCACUUCCUGCUCGCUGCGGAACGGAGGCUGCAACCAGGUCUGUACCGAGCGCACAGAGGGGGUCGUGGAGUGCAGCUGCAAGGCAGGCUGGGAGCUGAGUUCUAACCACAGGACCUGUCAGGAUAUUGACGAGUGUGCUGAUUUCACGCGCGGCGGCUGUGAGCAGAUUUGUGAGAACCACCCCGGGAGCUUCAACUGCAGCUGCAGCACGGGCUACGAGGGGCGCACUGAUGACAGGACCCGGUGCCAGCCUGUGUGUGAGCCCCCCUGUCAGAACUACGGGGUGUGUGUCUCACCCAACACCUGCCACUGUCCACCAGGGUACCCUGGCCCAGGCUGCUCCGCCAUGUGCUCCCCGCCCUGCGCUCACGGAGGAACUUGUAUGCGGUGGAACACCUGCCUGUGCCCUCCUGGCUGGACUGGCCCCAGCUGUCACACAGCGGUGUGUGAGCUGCCAUGCUCCAACGGGGGGCGCUGUAUUGCUCCAGAGACCUGUCAGUGUUCAUCGGACUACAGUGGCCCACAGUGCCUGACACCAACCUGCACGCCUGCCUGUCUGAACGGAGGACGCUGUGUCGAUGUCAACAAGUGCAUCUGUCCCAAAGGGUGGCAGGGAGCGCGCUGCCAGAUAGAGCCGGUCCUGUGUGAGAAGAAGUGUAAGAACGGAGGCGUGUGCGUGGGGCACAACCGGUGCAAGUGUGUGAGUGGAUUCACGGGGGACCUGUGUGAAACCGCUUUGAUCGAGCCCUGUAUCCCCCCCUGUCGGCACGGCGCCACCUGCGCGCAGUUCAACACAUGCAAGUGUCCUGAGGGAACCGCUGGACAGCGGUGCGAGAAACUGACCUGCCCGAUCAUAACAACAACGGUCAGCACGACGCGAGCGAUCAGGCAGGGCGUCCGGGAAAGCUAUGUGGACCGCUGUGGACCCCUGGGAGUGCAUCUGUGCACCAAGUACAGAAUCAAUCAGGCCCGUGUGUAUGUGCAGGCGUACAAGGUGGGCUACAAGAUCCACUGUCCACAGAAAGGGGAAUGAUGAACCUGGACCCUGGAGAGACCACCAGACCUGCUUCAGACAGACUGAGAUCCCCAUCACAGCACAGACACUCCCACUGACAGUACAGCGAGACAGGCCUCUGUUCUACAGUACAGCGAGACAGGCCUCUGUUCUACAGUACAGUAGAAUGAGGCAGCUCGCUGUGCAGCUCACUCAGUAGAAAACAUAAGAACACUUAUGAGCAAGAGGCCUUUCGGCCCAUCAGUGCUCGUCCGGUUCCUACUAGCUGAUUGAUCUCAAAACAUUGUUUUAUAGGAUCUCAAUGAUUCUGCAUCAGUAACAUGGCUAGGUAACCCAUUCCUUACCCUCACCACUCUCUGUGAUAAGAAGUUUGUCUCUUCCCUCUGUCCUCUUUCUAUCGCCACCUAAUUUGGUCCUGGUUUCUGUUUUGUGCUUGAAGUAUCGGCGAGGGUUAACUUUGACAGCUCUUGUUCAGAUUUUAAAGAUUUCUAUAAUUCCUUGUUGUAACAGUAACUGACAGAACAGCCAGCAUGGGGAGGACUGUGGCUUUUCAUGUUGAAAUAUUCUUUCGUUUUCCAUUAGCUAGAAAACAAAAGUACAAUUCAUACCAAAAAAAAAAAUCUGUCAGCAGUAAAAUAAAGUACUUAAUUAAAGUGAAUGCGGUUUUUUCAGAUAAAUUCUGUUGUAGGAACCAAUACGAGCAUGGUCAUUUUUUUGCCACCUAAUAUUCAAUAUUUGAAUAUUUGACCCAACACUAAUAGCAACAGUGCAGCGCCCUCUGAUGUCUACAAAUCUGCAUGACCAUAUUUUACAGGUAAUAACCAUUUAUCGCUGCAUUAUAAAUCAUAACGCCACUCUCAGCCAAUCAAAACGGCAGAUUUCAGAACAUUCCAGCUACCAAAUGACAACACUUCUAAAGACAUGGAUAUCUUGGAUUACCAUUGUAUUGAGCUCUUUCCUUUUAAUUAAAACAUGAUUUCUAAUGUUAAUAUGUGCAGUUGA